AUGACGGUUGAAGUUUCUCACAAGCCACUGUCUUUUGGACAGUCAUUGAACGAUCCACGAUGUCCUCCAUCCAUUCCUUUAUCAUCAUCACCGAUCCUGCGACAACAUAUUGUCCAUAUGAUAAAAACAUCUUCCAAUCAUCAAAGAACCACUGAUGGUGGAAACGUAAGAAAACCCUUCAGAGUUUUUCCAGAAAAUAAAGAAAACAAAUUCGAAAGAAAACCGGAAUUGUUAGACAUUAGCAGAACCCCUGUUCCGGGACUCCGCAAAGACCAACCAACUCGAACAGUGAACCAAAGGGGAGCACUAGAAAAACAAAAUAGCUUUGCUUCAACUGGCAUACGCCGAUUACAAUUUCGACCACAAUGCGAGAACACGAAUCUUUCGUUAAAAGAUCGAUUUAAUACAAAUUUGAAUGUGUCUGCGUCUUCAAAGGAAAGUUCUUCUAAUACAUCAUGUGAAAUAAAAGGUUGUGCCAUUACAAAUUCCACAAAUUAUGUGGGAACUCAGAAAAAGAGAAUCGAAAUACACAAAAAGACACAAAAAUUCUCUGCUUCACUAAGUGAGUUCAAAAGACGGUUAAUGAGGAAUCAAAGUAAGUUUUACCAGAAUAAUGAGAUUAAUACUGAACAGUAUAAAGUGGAUCCCAUUAAAGCAAGUGCCCCUCUCCAACCCCAACCACCGCUUACACCCAGAACACUUGUCUCUAGGGCAUCAAUACGUCCUGCUCUUGACGAACCUAAACCACGGUCUUUUGAAUCAUCACCUGAAGCAUCUCCCAAACCAACUUACCGUCUUCCGAUGCGAGAUACGACCAGGCAUCUUCAUUCGGUAGAAACUUAUGUUUUGGUUCAGAAUCCACGAGAGAGACUUCGUGGACGAUUUGAUGAACCAAUUGCUCUUACAAUGCGUAAUCUGAUGACGCAUGACAAGCUUUUGGAAGAAGGUGAAAGAAAUAAAAGAGAUGGCGGGAAAGGUGCAGCUAAUGCAAGAAUACAUAGAUGGUUGGAAUCAGUUCAUAAUUCGUCUAUCCGUCCAUCACGAACAGUUCGUUUUAACUUGACAUCUUCUAGCAGUAGCAGUGCUGAUGACUCGGAUUCCGAUGUGUCAUAUUAA